AUGGCCAAAGAGCUAUUUCCUGGGUGGAUACAAUACAAAGAAGAUAUUGCUAUCAAUCGUAUCAGUGGUGCCUUGACAAAUGCCAUCUUUUUUGUUGAUGCUGGAGGAAAACGACGACUAUUACGUGUCUAUGGUGUUGGUGUAGAUCAAUUGAUUGAUCGAGAAAAGGAACUGGCUUGGCUUGCACGAUUAGGUCGACUCAAUUUAGGCCCUCGUUUAUUAGCUAUUUUCGGUAAUGGAAGAUUUGAAGAAUAUGUAGAAUCAAUUACUUUGAAUCAUAAUGACAUCCGUGAACCUAAUAUCUCAAAACAAAUUGCCCAGUGUAUGGCUCGACAGCAUGCUAUUGUGAAGAUCUACCCUCCUCAGCAAAAGAAAGAUACGGAUGACAGACAUAUAUUGGAAAUUUGGCAAAAUGUUGAUAAAUGGUAUGCUUUGGUCAUGCGACUUUUACCCACUCUCAAACAACAACACCCUCAUUGGAUACCACUUUUGGAUUUAUAUAAUUUUGAUCAACUUGGCAAAGAUAUAGAACGAAGCAAGGAAAUUCUCAGUGAUAUCAAAAGUCCUAUUGUUUUUGGUCAUAAUGAUUUACAAUAUGGAAAUAUCUUGAAACGUGACGACACUGGAGCUCUUGUGUUAGUGGACUUCGAAUACGCGGGAUAUAACACACGUGGAUUUGACUUGGCCAACCAUUUUGUAGAAUGGCGAUACGAUUAUCAUGGCGAACGACCAGCAGCAAUGACUGAACCUUUCCCGACAAAAGAAGAACAAGUACGUUUCAUUCAAGCUUAUAUGGACACCAACAAAACUGAAUUAGGCAUGGAUGAUGAUACCUCAGUAGAAGAAAUUCAAAAGGAAAUGGAAGCUUGGUUGAUGGGUACUCAUUUAGGUUGGGGUCUUUGGGGUUUGGUGCAAGCAAGUCAAAGUGAAAUUGAUUUUGAUUAUUUUUAUUACUCUAUGGAACGAUUGAAUGCUUUCCGUGAAGAAUUAGUCAAAUGGAAUCUCCUGGAUUAG